UCGCGGUAAACCGGCGAAACUAUACUCGCGGAAAUAAUUAUCGCGAUUUAUGUUAUUUGCAAAUACGAACGGGGAUUAAUUAAUCGCGGUAACAUGUCGAAUAGAAACGAUUAGGGAGCGAACGGGUGUCGUCGCCGUUGCCAGCUUCCUGUCGAUAGUGCGAGUGAAAGGAGUUGGCUGCCCGGUGCGGGAAUGGACUUGGCAGAAACUAUGAAAAAUAUUGUUGCCAAAGGUAUGCAAACAGAGAUGGGUCCACCGGGUGGAGGUUCUGGAUAUCCUGGUAACCCCAGCAGUGCGGGAUAUGUAACAGAGAAAACGUAUAUGUUAAUUCAAGCAUAUUUGCAAACUAAAAGUUGGAAUCCUAGCAUUGAAUUGUUACAAUGCAUAGCCGAAUACAAGGAUGGAUCUAUAAUACCAAGUGCUGCGUACUUACAAAUGAUGGCAUCUAGAAUGGCGGUAGAUUCACAAGGAAGAUUAGUUUUGAGAGAAAAUGGGAAAAUAAUAUUACCUUAUGAACAUUUUGCCAAUGCUGUGAUGAUGAAGCACAUAACUGGGCCACAGGGUAUACAUUUGGGACUCGAGGGAACAGUUAGGGCCGUUAUGGAAUCUUAUACAAUCGGACGAGAAUAUUUUGGAAUGGAGAAGGAAUUUAUCAUCGAGGUUGUACAGAAUUGUCCAAAUCCAGCUUGUCGGUAUAAGAAUCAGUUCGAGAUGCAAAAGAUGGGCCACAUGGCACCUACGUAUAUUCAAGAGAAUGAAGCUACCACAUCCCUCUUACGUACAGGUUUUCCGCAUAAUACAGACUUUCAACCGGCUUUAAGCGGUGCUAAUCCUAAUACGCACUUACCCAUCGGAACUGGUGCAGACAUGUCAGAAAUGAGAGGUGGUGGAAACCAAAUGAAUAUACAACGUCCACCGAGCCGUCCAUCUUUAAAUAUUCCACAUCGGCCUGUGUCUCAAGAAAAAAAAGUAUCAACCAAUAAACAGCAUUAUGAGUCACUAAUAUCUAAUAUUCCUAUAUCUGAUCACAAAUUAACAGAAUUUUUACGAACAAAUCUGGAUAAUUUGGACAGUCUUAGUGGACUUGGGCUAGGUAAUCUUCAAAGUUUAAGCAAUGCAAAUAAAGAUCUGUUAGCUUUACACAAUGGUGCUUGGUCGUUAGAAAAUGAAAAGGGUUCACGUUCGAGUUCUUCUAACUUGGAAGUUGGACAAGAAAAGAUAAUUAGAGCUUAUACAGAAGUUAUAAAAAACACGGCCAGGAUGAAGGCUUGUAUACGUCCUGCAAUGUGCAAACCAUAUGGAAAACAAUCUGAAGCAUUACAAAAAACUUUGGUCGAUACGAUACAGCUUGUACAAUCUCUGAGAAGUAUUAUACCACCACCUAUUAUACCAAUCGUGAGCUGGAAAAAUGAAGAUAAACAUCGGUUAGAUCAUACCGGUACUCCUUAUCUUCCGGCAUUAAAAGCUGGUGGAUUAGAAGAAUUAUGCGAACAGCGCAAGCUAGACUAGAUAAUAGUCCUAGCUUAAAUAGUAUAAGACCAAUGUUUCGUCUUUGCGCUCUAUGGUGUUCUAGUCAGAAAGUGUAUAUGAGAGGGUUGUUUAAUUUAUUAUAAACAACCCAAAAGGAUUGCUCAAAGUUGUUGGCAUUUAGGACUUCAAAUACUAAGAGACAAAACGAGUCAUGCGUGGACUGUGAUAAACGUGGGUAGCAAAGAAAUUUAUAUGUAGAAAUGAGAAUAACUCACGGCGUUAAAUUAGAAAUUCAGGUUUAGCAUUACCUUGUUAUUAUCAUUUGAUUUUACGUUAGAAAUUUACCUAUGGAGCUUAUAUAAAUCGAAUCGGUUAUGUUCUCGUCUAUUUAUAGUUGAUAUUGUAGAUUAUUUUAAUAACUCGCCACUUGUGUUCCAAUGAUUACCUGAUUAAAAAUAUAUUACAGUUUUCUAAAAAUGAUCUAUAUGUAUACAUUUACGGAUUUAUAAUUAUCAUCGGUGCAAAGAAUAGACAUUAAUCUGUGGUAAAUUUAAGAUUUUAUAAUUCGUACGAUCGGACAAAUAUUACACACGACGAUGCAUUGGAAGCUUUAAAGCACAAAGAAGGAAUUGUGAUUCCAUAAAUACUCAUUGUAUUAUUUAGAUUUUGUAUGUUUGUUAAACUUAGUAAGAGAGAGAGAGAGAGUGAGAGAGAAAGAGAGGGAGAAAGAGAGAGAGAAAGAGAGAGAGAGAGAAAGAGAGAGAGAAAAGAAUUUAUUAUUUAUGUUAUAUAAAAAUGAAAAAGAGAGAUCUGAUCGAGAGUUCAACGUUUAUGAUUAUUACUAAAUACGCAUCUUUGCAUUCUCUCGAAAGGUGCAUUUGUUUUAAUAUUUAUUUGUAGAGUUAUAAAGAAAAACAUAUAUAUUGUUGUUAUUUCUAGUUUUAUUAAUUAUAAAUGUCUACAAUCUAUGUAUAAGAGGAAGUAUAGGUAAUAACACGAUAUAUAAGCUCCAUAGGUAACGUGUGACACGUGGUUUGCACAUUAGACUUGAUUGAAAAAAGAAAAAAAAAAAAGCCGAUAGAUAUUUGUUGAAUGAUAAAUUAUUUCGUUAUUAUACGAUAACAUCGAAAGAAAAUAAAUUCUAGUUGUGUCUUUAAAAUUGUGGUUGGCGUCGACGUUAAAUCAUUUUUUAUCGUCUAUCGAAUAUUGAUUAGAAACUUUUUUACCUCUGUCGAUCGAUACCACAACGUAAUUUAUAAAAAUUAGGUCCUUUUAAAUAAUAUUUUUCAUUAGAUUUUGUUGUUGAUAAAAAAAAGAGAGAGAGAAAGAUUGUGAGAGAGAGAGAGAGAGAGAGAGAGAGAGAGAGAGAGAGAGAGAGAGAGAGAGAGAGAGAGAGAGAGAGAGAGAGAGAGAGAGAGAGAGAGAGAGAGAGAGAGAGAGAGAGAGAGAGAGAGUGAGAGAGAGAGAGAGAGAAAGUAAUAGUUUGAAAUUUCAUCGUUAUAAACGCAUUUCUACGAUGGUGAAAUGUUUCCUUCUCUUUCUUAUUAAUAUUUAAUAUUAAAUAUAAAUGUGUAUACACACGAUUAUACGAAUGUGACGACAUUGGAGUGCGUGUGAAAAAAAUCUUGUUUAAGUGUGCGUGGUCGAUGAGCGUUAAUAACUUUGGCUAUAAAAUAGCAAAAUUUUAUAUGGACGCGUCUCUAUAUUAUAACUAUCGAAAUACUAACGUUUUUUCUAAUUACGUUUAUACGAAUGUGUCUUCUGCAUUUGCAGCUACUAAUAUCGUGCCGAUCACGUUUGCGUUGAUUAUAUACUUUCAAUAUGAAGCUGCUAGUUUAAAAUACGAAACGCUGAACAAACAACAACGACGAAUUGCGUACGUCGAUUCACUUACCGUGUAUUUCUGGAUUAAAUAGAUGGACUCAUUUCUCUCGUAGUAGUUAUUAUAAAAGAAAAAUGAUGAAAAAUAAAAAUAAAAAAAAAAAUAUAUAUAUAUACAUAAUAAAAAAGAAAAAGGUAAAAAAAAAAAACAAAAAAAUAAAGAAAUAAAAAAGUAAAAAAAUAAAAAAAGGAAAACGACAAAAAAAGAAAAAGGAAGAAAAGAAAAGAAAAAGAGAAAAAAAAAGAACAAACACGCAAACUUUGUGACCGUUUGUCUUGCUGUCGAAGAUUAUCGACGUAAUUAAGCAUAUCCAUGACUAAGUCUCUUUGCAACUAUACCAAAUUGAGAAGAAAAAAGAGAGAGAGAGAAAGAAAAGAAAAGAAAGAGAAAAAGGAAGGAAGAGAAAGAAAAAAAAAGGGAGGAAAGGAGCACCCGUAAGGUAUAUAUAUAUCUGAGUAAUCGUUCAAUCGAAAUGUAGACCUUCGAAACGACCUAUAAAUCGAUGUAUGAUAGGUUCCUCAGUGAUAUAUACCUAUCCGAAAAAGCGUAUUGUUCUUCUCUAUCGCGUCGUUUUAUCGAUACCGUAAUUCGCAUACACGUUACACAGCACACUCUAACUUUGACAGUAAGAUGAUUGUAAAUUGCGCACCGUUGUUCGUCGAUCCGGUUAUUAAACCGGACACGAUCAACGAUAUCGUGCACCAACGCUAUCGCCUGUGUCUGCACACUAAGCUCUCGUUGUCGCUUGCCAGUAUUGCUCCUCUGUACUCUCGCAUUAUUCUAUUCCAUGACUACUGCGAUUAUUAAAGUUUUUACAAGUGUGA